AUGUUUUGGCCAAAACGUAAUACAUCUACGUCGUCAGAUGCCUCCGACGUAUCUGCAUCUUCAAAUACUUCGAGUAUAUCUACACAUUCGAAUGCAUUAAUAUAUGACACUGUUAUUCAUAUUGGGAAACUUAAUGAUCUACUGAAAGAGGGCUGGAAAUUUACAACAGACAAUUCAUCAAAAGCAUCAACACAGAGAUCAAUGGUUAACUAUGAAGAUAGUUUAAUAGUUGGUAUACUUGGCUCGUACAAUCGUGGCAAAUCUUUUUUGUUAAACAAACUUUGUAGAACCCAAUUUCCUACUGGCCGUUUAAUAUCUACUGAAGGUAUAUCGAUUGCAGGACCAAGAGAUACUUGUAAGAACUUGGUGUUUAUUGACACUGCUGGUACUGAUACACCAACAAAAAGAGAAGAUCUAGACGAUAAAAGAGCCAUUGAAGCUCUUUUACGAGAAAUAGUUUUGGGUCUGUGUUCUUAUAUUAUUAUUGUAAUGAAUCGAUUACAAUUGACAGAUCAAAUAUAUAUGCAUGAAGUCUUGGAAUAUUGCAAUAAGCUAUCGCCAAAUAAGAAACCUGAAAUAAUUUUUGUUCACAAUCUAUGGGAUCUUGAGUUUGAAGAAGAUAUAAAUAUUGUUAUUCAAAGAGAAAUCGAAGAUAUUUUGGGGGCAAAAUUAACAACUAUACAACAACGAAAUGAUUCAAAGGAUAAAGAACUUAAAAUGUAUUGUUCAACAUUCAAUCAAAUAACUAUACGUCAUUUUAUUAUGGCAAAAGAAGAUUCUGAUGCAGCAGAUAAUUGGAAUGAACAAACAUUGGAUAGUUUGAUGACUAUUCUACAAGCAGAUCUACCAAGUCGGCGAAGUGCCUGUAUAUUUGAUGAAGUCUUAAUUCAUAUUAAUAAAAGACUUCCACAACUACUUUCGUCUAGUAAUGGUUCUGAUACAGAUCUAUCAAAAAUACAAGCCGUAAAACAUGAGACAGAGCCAUAUAUUGUGCUAUCUGAACUAAAAGAUGCUUCUUUAGAGAAACGCAAGCAACAUGCUUCAUCGUUUUCAGUGGCACCCAGAUUAUUGUAUGAUCAGCGUGGUUAUUUAGUUGGAAUUGUUUCAUCUGGUACCGAAAAAUGGCAGCCUCGUUAUCGCCAGUAUAAGACUACGGAUCAUCUAAAUAUUAUAGUUGAACUAGCUGGCUUCAAUGAGAGUAACUUCGCAGCUGAAAUGGAAAGGAACGUUGCAGUCAUCCGAGGAGAACGUAUUGAACCCGCAGGAUUAUCUGCUCAGACAAUUCCUGAUCAAUUACAAUUCUCGAUUGGCUCGUUUGAAUUAUCAGUUUUUGUUAAAGAAGAUAUUGAUAAUGAUCAGACAGAAUUCGAAUGUAAGGAUGGAUUUCUGACGAUUAAAUGUCCAUUAAGAAAAUACGCUAAAAAACGAUUUGGAACAAAAUCUAAUGCAGACAGUUCGAAGACACACACCGUCAAAGACAAAAUUUGA